CAUCUGCAAUUUUGUCUUGUCUUUAUCCUUUUCGCCACACAUAUUACAACCGCAGAUGGUCAUAUCGAUCACCUCCGACAACAAGGCUGUCAGCGUUGGGCUGAACACGCCACAGCCAUCGCUCAAGCCGAUGCGGGAGUUCCACUACUACGUGAAGAAUGACGUCCCAUCCGGCAUCGACAUCACCAAACCGGGGACUCACAAGUACAGGCAGAGGCCUCCGACCUAUCUCUUCAGCUACCUCAUGAAACCGGCGAUGAUCUACGACUCGUACAGAAGGAGCGGUCAGGAGGAGGCCACCGUGGAGGCGACGCUCGCCAAGUAUCUCGCGUUCGUCAAGGAACAGAUCAAGCUGACGUGGGGAAACGGGGUGACGAAGAUGAAGAUCGAGGGCGAAGAGUGGUGGAUGUUCUACGCCGUGCAGUCGCUGCGGAAGGAGGAUAUACUGGCUCUCGACCAGGAGGUGAGAGAUGGGUUCCGGCGGGUGAUGGCCGCUCCGGUGGAUCCAAUGCUCAUCGUAUAUCAUCAUCCUCGCCAUUAUAUUUCUUGAGCAUCCGAAUGUUUUCCCCUUCCUCGCGGCCAAGUCACACGCACACGUCGCAGCACAUUACGUUGCAGAUGUCCGUUUUUGUGAUGUCGUAGCACGGCAAUAUGCCCACCUGUAUAUUCCUGCUCAAUCCAUUGGAAAACAUGGGUGUCAGCCA